AUGGAUAUAAUAGAAAUUUCUCGAAAAUUGGAGGGAGAUUUAUUAGAAAGUAAAACAAAAGAAAAAAUAUCCACGAUUACUAGUUUCAGUCCGAGAAUAACAAGAUCUAAAACUUAUUUUAAUGAAAUUAAAAAAAAUAACGAUUCCUCACAACAAACAAUCAAACCCUCAACGGAUAAAUUAAAAGAAAAUAUUGAGGUAAUGGAAAACGUACUCGUGAAAAAAACUAGGAGAGUACAAAAGCAUUUGGAAACAAUAUACGAGCAUCCCAUAUGGAAAAAGGGAAACACGAUAUUUUUGGGAAAAAGUAAAGUUAAAAGAUCUCUUUAUUUAGAUAGAGAAUUUAGAAGAGCAAACAAACAAAAAACAAAACAUAGAAAAAAUGAUGAAUUUAAAAACAAAAUGCUACAAUUGGAUCAUUUUUUAAACGACAACAAUGUAGACAUUAAUUCUUUAAAUAAUGAUAAUCUUGAAUUAGGGUCAAAAUUAGAAAAUAAAAACAAUGAAACUCAGGUACAAAGUAUGGAAAUUGAAUCUACAACUGUUUAA